AUGGCUACCCAACCAGCUCCGUACAACUCCACCAUCGAGCCGAAUGCCGACGCCGAAUUCCCCGCCGAGAAGGGCCGCUACCACCUCUACGUGACGUACUCGUGCCCAUUCGCCUGUCGAGCGCUGGCCGCUCGCAACCUCAAGGGCCUCGAGGAUGUCAUCAGUCUCUCGGUAGCUCACCCAGUGUACCAGAAGAGCAGGCCGGACGACGAGAGCGACACGCACUUGGGCUGGGUGUUCGUUGACCCCGAGAAGACCCCGACCGUCGUCGGGUUCAACGGCAAGGAGUACCCCACCGCCGGGUGCAUCCCAGACACUGUGAACAACACCACGUUCGUCCGGGAGCUGUACGAGAAGGUGGACCCGACACCACGCAAGUUCUCGGUGCCUGUGCUGUGGGACAAGAAGACGCAGACCAUCGUGUCGGAGGAGUCGGCGGGUAUCCUCCGCACACUCGACUCUGGCUUCCGUGAUUUGGUGCCGUCCAACUUCCAGCUUUACCCGGAGGAGCAGCGUGGGGAGAUCGACGCUGUCGAGAACGGAUUGCUGGCGGAGAUCAGCAUGAGCCUCAUCAAGUCACUCUUCUCCAAAGACUCGGAGACCGCCCUGGUGGAGCUGGAGAAAGGCUUCGUGGGCAUCGCCAAACUGGAGGAACUUCUGUCCAAGCAGCGGUAUGUCGUCGGCAACAGCGUGACGGAGGCCGACAUCCGCCUUUUCAACACGCUGAUCCGCUUCGACGUUUCCCAGAAGAAGACCAACGAGCAGAACCUCACGCAAUUUCCCAACGUUGUCGGUUACCUGCGGGACCUGUACCAAAUCCCUGCCAUGAAGCGCACGGUGAAUUGGGACCACCUGAAGAUUGCUAUUGUGAACCACCGACCGGAUGCACCUGUCGCUGAGGGGCCUUUCAUUGACUACGAUGCUCCUCACGGUCGCGACUAA